CCCGCCUCCCCGUCCGUCUCCUUCUCUUCUCCGGUCGCCCAACCGAGCAGGGGUGUGAGUCGCCAUUGUCGCCUCUCACCCGCAGGGCCGUCUCCCGCCUCCGUCAUUAGGUCACGAGGCCUACGACCCCAGUACCCCGCGUGACCUCGCCGAGAUGUGGUGGAGGGCGGUGGCCAGGGCUCGCCGCCGGAUCCCGGGGCCGCGGCCGGUGUCGACGGCGGCGGCGGCGAAGAGCGGCCGCGAGGUGGUGGUGCCGCGGUUCGGCGGGCCGGAGGUGCUGGAGGUGAGGCAGGGGGUGCCCGCGCCCGAUCUGAGGCCCGGGGAGGUGCUCGUGCGCGCGCGCGCCGUCUCCAUCAACCCCCUCGACCUGCGAAUGCGGGCUGGUUAUGGCCGUUCCAUAUUCGAGCCACUCCUACCUCUCAUCAUUGGUCGGGACAUCAGUGGUGAAGUCGCAGCUACAGGGACUUCUGUGUCGUCAUUUUCUAUUGGGCAAGAAGUGUUUGGUGCCUUGCAUCCAACAGCCAUUAGAGGGACAUGUGCUGAUUAUGCAGUACUUUCACAGGAUGAGCUUACUUCUAAACCAUCUACGCUCACUCAUGUGGAGGCCAGUGCAAUUCCGUUUGCUGCGUUGACUGCGUGGCGUGCUUUACAUGGUACUGCUGGAAUUUCUGAAGGGCAAAGAGUACUUGUGCUUGGUGGAGGAGGAGCAGUUGGGCUUUCUGCUGUUCAGCUUGCAGUAGCUGCAGGGUGUAGUGUUUCAGCUACCUGUGGAUCCCAAAGUAUUGAGCAAGUUUUGGCAGCUGGAGCUGAAAAGGCUAUCGAUUACGCCACUGAGGAUACUGAAUCAACGGUUACAGGAAAGUUUGAUGCCGUGUUAGAUACAAUAGGAAUAGCUGAAACUGAAAGAACCGGCAUCAAUCUUCUGAGAAGAGGCGGGCAUUAUAUGACCCUUCAGGGAGAAGCAGCUUCACUAGCAGACAGAUACGGAUUAUAUGUGGGACUUCCUGCUGCUACCGCCACUUUACUAAAGAAACAGAUGCAGUAUCGUUGUUCUCAUGGAAUAGAGUACUGGUGGACGUACAUGAGAGCCGAUCCUGACGGUCUCCAUGAGAUCCGGAGGCUUUCUGGAGCUGGAAAGCUACAGAUACCGGUGGAGAAGACUUUUCCUAUCAGCCAAGUAAAAGAAGCUCAUUUGGCCAAGGAGAAAAGGCUUGUGCCUGGCAAGGUUGUUCUAGAGUUCGACUAGUGUUAACAGGGUUUUGUCCGACAGCCACGCAAGGGCCGACGUUCCUUCUUAAUUGUACCAUGAUGUUUAUCUUUUUGUCUUUUUUCAAAAAAAGAAGUUGUGCGGCUUUGAAGCUCUAAAUUUGCUCGUUCUCUAGGUGGUAGUACAAGGUUAUUUUGUCAGUGUUUAGUGUAAAUGCAGUAAAUAAUGAUAUGCAAUACGAAGAGACUUGUUUCAAA